GAACUUCUAAAUCUUAUUCUGCAUUAUUUACGAAUGCGAACUGGCCAGUAUUAGGAGGUAGUUCAUCAUCAGCUCAGACUUCUCAAUCUAUCAUUUGGAUGAAUGAAUGCAGGUGUCAAUCGAAAGCUCUUUAUGAAGAUACCAACAAUGAAUGUAUUCAAAAUGACAAAACCGGAAGAAGAAGUGGAGGUAUAUACAGAGAGGUUACUAGCAACAGAUCUCUUGGAAAGAGACGAUAUAGUACGACUACCGUUAGUAGUCAGUCAAGUAUUUUACACGAGUUAACUUAUUUAAAUACGCGCAGUUCACCUAUACAUAAACGUAAUAAACGUGAUUCGUCAUCUUCUGCUGAAAAUCAUGAUGAUUCUAAUGUCCUAGAACGACACGUAAGAAAUAAUAUCCUAACCAUUAAUGAAUUAAAAUCCCAG